GUGUUCCUAGUCGGCUUCCAUACCAAGGACGGGCGUGAACGCAAAUAACUGCACACAUUAUGAGGAAUUGUUCGUCUUUAUGCUAAAACUUCCUUUAAAUAGACCUAAAAUUAGGUUUUACGUUAUCACUAAAUAAGCGAGUUAAUAUGUUAUUCCACGUGUAACAGCGAUUGUUGUUUGGCGUAAUUGUUUACAUGAAAAAACCCACAUGCUAAUUGAAACUAGCUAAGUUUAUAACACAUCUAUAACAAACGGCUUGAUAAAAAUGGCUUUACCUAAGAACGACGGUGAUGUGACGGGGGGUGAAGAGGGAGAAUCAGAUAUUAUGAGUACAGCCUGGCUACUGGGAGGCUUCACUGACAGCGAUGAGACCAAAACAAUUAUCUCCAGCCUACCAGAAGUGCACGGGGAUAUGACAGCUACUGAAGUUACUAUGCAGAAGAUUUUGGUAAUAAUGAACAGAUAUCAAGAGCAACCACACCUGCUCGACCCCCAUCUUGAUUGGAUGGUGAAUAUGUUGCUGGAGUUGAUAAGAAGUGAAACAUCCCCACUAUCAUUAGUCCAUCUAAGCUUCAAAUGUCUGUACACAAUCUGCAAGGUGCGUGGCUAUAAAGUCUUUAUGCAGCUGUUUCCUCAUGAGGUUGCUGAUGUUCAACCUGUUCUGGACCUGCUAUUAAGGCAAGAUCCCAAAGACAACAAAACCUGGGAGACCCGCUACAUGCUUUUGUUGUGGCUGUCAAUGACCUGCCUAAUACCCUUUGAUCUCUCACGGCUGGAUGGACAUUUAGAGCAUGAUGUUGGACAUGCCAGAGAGUCAACUAUGGAUCGGAUUUUAGCCAUUGCAAAAUCUUAUCUCAUUGUAAGUGAUACUCCAAGGGAUGCUGCAUCAGUACUUGUAUCAAAGUUCAUGACACGCCCAGAUGUGAAGCAAAAGCGCCUAGGAGACUUCUUAGACUGGAGCCUUACCACUCUUUCUCAGACCAAUGACCAGUCUAUGACUGAUAUAAUGGUUCUGGAUGGAAUUCUGCAAUCUUUGGCCAAACUCUUUAAGCAUGGAAAAAGAGAUGAUGUCCUUCAAUAUGCUCCUACAGUACUUCAGUGUCUUGAGCAGAAACACCUGUCCGACAGCAACCAAGCUAUGCUGCGGAAACUAGGAGUAAAACUAACCCAGAAGCUUGGCCUCACUUUUCUCAAGCCACGUUUGGCUUCUUGGAGAUAUCAGAGAGGAAGUCGUUCACUUGCUGCUAACCUAUCCAUGGCCCAGUCCAAUACAGUCCCUGUUAGUCCUAAUUUAGAGCCACAAGAACAGGAUGAGGACUAUGAUAUUCCAGAGGAAGUGGAAACUGUGAUUGAGCAUCUUCUUGUGGGACUGAAAGAUAAGGAAACUAUUGUGCGCUGGUCUGCUGCUAAGGGUAUUGGGCGUGUGACUGGAAGGCUUCCUAGAGAGCUGGCAGAUGAGGUGGUUGGAUCAGUGUUGGACUGCUUCAGCUUUCAGGAAACGGAUAAUGCUUGGCACGGAGGCUGUUUAGCCUUGGCAGAACUGGGCAGGAGAGGGCUUCUGCUUCCUUCUAGACUGAAAGAUGUUGUGCCACUGAUCAUCAAGUCUCUAACCUAUGAGGAGAAGCGGGGAGCCUGUAGUGUGGGCUCCAAUGUGCGGGAUGCUGCCUGUUACGUGUGCUGGUCUUUCGCCAGGGCCUACGAACCCAAGGAGCUCACACCUUUUGUUAUACAGAUCGCAAGUACCCUGGUGAUCACAGCUGUGUUUGAUCGAGAUGUAAACUGUCGCCGCGCUGCGUCUGCUGCCUUCCAGGAGCAUGUUGGCAGGCAGGGCACCUUCCCUCAUGGUAUUGACAUAUUGACGGCAGCAGAUUACUAUGCUGUUGGUAACCUCAACAACUGCUAUGUGAACAUAAGUGUUUAUGUAGCCAGUUUCCCUGAGUACACAAAAGCAUUGAUUGACCAUUUGAUAGAAAUGAAGAUUAAUCAUUGGGAUAGUGUUAUUAGAGAGCUCUCUACUAAAGCACUCCACAACCUGACACCACAAGUCCCUGAUUAUAUGGCAACUACAGUGCUUCCACGACUCUUGCCGAUGGCAGUGGGCAUUGACCUCCACACUCGCCAUGCAGCCAUUUUGGCCUGUGCAGAAAUCACACACGCUCUAUAUAAGCUGGGCCUACAAACCAACAGAGGGGUGGUUGACAUGAUUUCCUCUGAGUGCGUAGAAGGACUGAAAAAUAUUCAUCAGAUGAUACAUGACAGAAAGCAGUACAGGGGUUACGGCGGAGAGCUGAUGAGGCCUGCAGUGUGCUGUCUCAUUGAAAAGCUUUCCCUUUCCAAAAUGCCUUUUAAGGAUGACCCGGUCAUUGGUGGCUGGCAGUGGUUAAUUGAUGACACCAUAAAAAAUCUUCAUCUUGUGUCCAGUGGAGCACUAGAUAACAUUAUGGCUGCUGUUGUCUCUGCGUUAUCUGUGUUAUGUGAGGAGUACUACCAGAUCGAGCCAGGCCAAGCUAACCCUGAAGUGCAAAAUGUUUUGAUAUCUCAGUACAUCGACGGUCUCCAGAGUCCACAGAUGUUCACACGAUGUGGGUCUGCCCUGGCUCUUGGUGCUUUGCCUACAUUUUUGAUCCAUAGCAAAAUGAAACAGAUCCUUGAAGGCUUACGACAGAUGUGUGUAAAGAGCCAGAAAGAAGGCAACUUUACAGAAGCAAGGAGAGAUGCAAUCAAGGCAAUUUCCCAGGUGUGCGUGAAAGCCGGAGUCUCCGCUGGUGGAUGCCCAGAUUCAAUUCUUUGCUCAGAAAACCUGUUAGAAGUGUAUGAAGUAUUGCUUAAUAGUAUGAGCGACUACACCACUGAUAGUCGAGGGGAUGUGGGGGCCUGGGUGAGAGAGGCAGCAAUGACGAGUUUGAUGGAUGUGACUUUGCUAGUUUCUGGCACUGCUCCAGAAAUCCUUUCACCAGACUUGGUCAGGCGUUUGAUGUGCUGCUUGGCACAACAGUCUGCGGAAAAGAUUGACCGCUACAGAGCCCACGCAGGCAACAUCUUCCUGCAGCUACUCCACAGCAAAAACCCUGCAAUACCACACAUUCCCCACAACGAGGAGCUGUUGGCCAUCUUUCCUUUAGAGACCAAAACCACUCUGAAUUGGAAAGCCCCAUCCCAGGCCUUCCAGUACAUCACCCGGCUGUUGGGGCUGAGUCACUAUCAGUACCACACCCUGCUGGGCCUCACCGUGUCUGUGGGCGGGAUCACCGAGUCCACAGUGCAGUACUCCUCCCAUUCUUUAUUUGAGUAUCUAAAAGGCAUCCAAAAUGACUGCGUUGCUCUCACGGAAUUUGGAGAUUCUCUUUUGAGGAUUUUUAGAGAGAAUCUUCGUAAUGACAGAGUAUCAGUUCCCUUUCUAAAGAUGCUAAACCAGAUGCUUGCAAACAACUGCUUUGAAAUAUUCACCACACAAGAGAAUCAUCCAUUUUGUGUGGAGCUUUUGACCCUUUGCAAAGAAAUAAAGAAAUCUAAAGUUAUUCCCAAAUUGCGUGCGUGCAUAACAGUGUUUUGUGGCUUGAUCCAGUUCCAGGGUGAUGUAAGAAACAAAGUCCUAACCCAGUUGCUGAUCCUACUCUGUCAUUCUUUUCCUGUGAUCAGAAAGACCACAGCCAGCCAAAUGUACGAGAUGCUGCUGACCUAUGAUGAUGUCAUUGAGCCCGAAAUACUGGAUGACGUCAUGACUUCCCUGAGCGAUACAAACUGGGAGAACGACCUUGCAACUGUACGAACCCACAGAAAUCAGAUCUGUGAUUGGCUGGGAAUCCCACGGCCACAAGUGAUAGCUAAGAAUCAAGUUUCCUGAACAUCACAAAACCCAUUAAAACAAGUGGAACUGAAAUGCCUGUGCCUGUACUUAACUAGAGAUUUAAAAAAUAGCGUUCAAAACAUUAAAACCUGGUAAUAAAAGUAAACGUAUAACUGUUU